AUGAGCAAUGCUUUUUAUAUUGCAGAAGAUGAUAACAGCCACGAAGAGGAGGAGGAAGAAGAAAGUGGAAGCAAUGAAGGCGAGGAUUUCGAUAUCAGGGACUUUGUAGUCGCAGACGAAGAAAGAAGAGGCAACGAAGACGGCGAGGAGGAGGAGUUUACAAUGGAUACAGCCUCCUCCAGGAAAAUUGAAGAAGAGGAUCCAGAAAAGCUGGAGGAAAAGCUAAAAAAGCUCGAGGAAGUUUUCUCCUGUGUACCGAGGGUUCUCAUUAAAAGAGUUCUUUGCCGCGAUGAUGUUAACGGAGACCUGAACUUGGCAAGUCAGAGAUUACAAGAAUUUCAGGACAUGGAAAAUCCACACGACCUUUUCAAAACCCCGACGAGCAAUCCGCCCACUGCUUGGGGUCCCCCGCCUGCACCGUUAGAAUCAGCAAACAAGGGGAGUGAAAAAUGCGAAUCACAGGGCUCUCAGAAAAAGAGAAGGAGAAGGGGAGGGAGAAGAAAGAAGAACAAUGAAAAUCAAAACAAAACACAGGAAGAACAAGGAGAAAGGAAUCUGAGAAAUAGUUUCGACAGUUAUGAACCAAACGUACCGCGUGGGAACGAUCGCGGUACAAGACAAGGAGGCCGAGUGUUUGGAGGAAGGCCAAGAGGAGGAUUUAGACCCAGAGGAGGGUUCGUCCAGGCACACGAAGAUUUCCAAGAAUACGUAGACGAUAUUCCCUAUGGAUUUCCAGUGGGUGACUACAUGUUUCAGAGCCAGAGGGGACGUGGUAACUGGAGAGGACGAUGGAAUCAACCAAAACCCCAACCCAAACCCAAGGGUCGUGGUCGCGGGAGAGGACGCGGUGAAAACGUUUUUGAAAGCGAUUCAUUUUUUCAAGGCCAACCGCAAGUCUCUCAAAGGGGGCGAGGAAGAGGUCAGUUUAGACGCGGACAAGGAGGCGGCGGCCAAGGUCCAAACUGGAGACGUGAAGGUUCAGUUUCUCUAGCAGCUGAAAUAUACUAUGACGAGCUUGACUUUUCUGGUAGAGAGGAAAUUUAUGCAACUAGACGAGACCAAGGGAAAAGGGGGAGGUCUGGACCCAACAUUAAUAGAGGGCGUGGCCAGUUAGGAUUAAGACGAGCCCAGAGCCUUUCUAGUGGAAUGGAUGUUCAAGAUUCUCAUACAAACCACAAUACAGGAGGAGACGCAAAGUUUGAGCCAAAGAAACUGCUUAUUUGCGGGCUGAGUGAGUCGACGACACAAGACGGAGUUUUGAACUUUAUUGAGGCGAUGAGUGGUGAAGAGGUGGAGACAGUAGAGAUGAGUAAAAGCAAAGCUCUGGUUACAAUGACUAAGGAUAUAACAAGUAAGUCCUGCUACUAAUAACAAAUGAGCCGUUUUCAGUUACGUGCCAAAAAGUAGUUUAUUAGUAAGGUCAGGUAUGCAAUAAGCUGCUCAAGUAUAUUCAAGCAACUAUGACUUAUCCUAUUUUGCUUCAAGGCUUGAUUGGCCAUCGGUAGUUCGACCGUGAGUUCGUGCUGUGAUUGGCCAGUCAGUAAUUUCCUUGACUUUAGAUUUACGGCCCCGCACUCAGCCAAGAACCGUGUACUCUACUGUGUACAGAACUCUCACGAAGAGUUCUCAUAAUGCCGCUUACCUGCCUGUCAUAUAGCCACCGCUAUUGCCUUGGAUACUGUCCGAUACGGAGAAAGAAGUUCUUCGAAGUUCUUCUCCGGCGGCAAAGACCUGUGGUGGCCCUUGUUGCCGGCGGUGUAAGUGUCAGAAUAUGUAUCAAAGGCAGUACUGGGGGGCUAUCAGGUAGCAGGUAGAUUGGUGGUGCGGAAUAAUGAUAACCAGACUUUCGUCAGAUAGAACUUGAAUAGAUCCAACGUUCUCCGAUUUCCAUAGAUUGAGGCAAAUUAAAUAUUUUAAAAAAAAUCAGAAAUCUAACAUCAAUAACUUACUAGAGCUAAAGGGGUUUUCGUCUCACUGGGCUUUCUGCUUCGUUAAAGUUAACAAUCCUGCAACGUUUUUGUCCUUUCACUCUCAAGUGUGGUAAAACCAAUUAAAACCCUCAAGAAAUCUCCCGUUCCAGUAUUUCUUUUUGCGAGUGAAAGACAAGCGCAUGAUACUUCUAACGUCGUUGCUGGGACUGUAUCACCCAGAAGACUAAGGAGAAGUUGAACUUGCAUUUUUUCAGACGUAGCUGGUCAAAUUUAGAAAAAUCUGCGAGGUCCAUAUUCACCCGUAAAACAACUAAAUUUAAUGAAGUGAUGGGCUAGUGGGACCUCCUGCAAUUUAGACAAUGUUUUGCCUGGAGCUGGAAACUGUCUUUUGUAAUACGAGUGAUUCAUUUCCUCGCAUUUAUGACCGUGGACUAUUCUCUAGGCGGUAUGGGUGACUCAGCAAGGAUGCUAAACUCAUUAUCAGAAUCAUAUUUCAAGUGGCGCAUCAUUAGAGAGAACGAUUGGAUGAGUCUUGAAUACCCAACUUUUUAAUGUUUACUAUGAAAUACCUCCCAAAACGUCUGUUUUACUCCUGAGAUCUAGACGACUCGAUCGUUCAGCAGGCAUGCAAUCUGCGUUUUUGAGUUGAAUUUUUCCCUCUAGCUUUUUUCGUCUAUUACCUCGUGGAAAACCAGUCAUAAUAAUAUAUGCCAGUAAUUUGACAUCUGUGCGAUCCAAACUUGAAUUUAAUUAAAGCAGAUUUUUCUUACACUUUAUUCGUUAGAUUUUCUUAAAAUCAAGGAGAAGGGUGAGAGAAGAGGAAUGGACUCUGCUCGGAUUAAAAUCCAACGCGUACCUGUGUGCAGGAGCAUUCUCGUCAGCGGCAUUUCAGACGACACCACCCAAGAUGCCAUCGAGCUGUUCUUUGAAAGUCCAAGGAACAAUGGUGGUCCCGUGGAGACAGUGAGGUUUAAGCCUGAAAGUGGUCGAGCUGUGGUAGUGUUUCAGAAUUCAUCAGGUCAGAAUUCAAUCGCCCCAUUAAUGCUCGUUGUACAUGUUUUGGUUAUAAUGGAGAAAACUACUACGUUUUGGCUUUCUCCUUUCUGGUAAAUGCAUGCUGUACCAGUUUUGAUAUUCUUAUAGCAAAAGUUAAUACAGUUGAACCUCCCGUAAGCGACCACCCAAGAUGCGAAGACUUAGUUGUCGCUUAGAAGAAUCGAACCACGGGGCUAUCGUCCGAGAAGAUGUACGGACACAUCUACUUUAUGGAUGAUGAUUUAUUGCAUGCAAUUUCUAAAAUACCACACGGUUCCAUGUUGAUUCUUAAAUUCUUUGUAUAUUCUAAGUAGUAGAGUACACACAGCGAACAUAAGAGAUCAGACAAAUCGUCAAGUGGUCGCUUACAAGAGGUUAAAAACAAUUGAAAAUCAUUUAACCGUACGCCCCAAAUAUAGUGGUCGCGGUCGUUUACGAGGGUUCCAACUGUAAGGCUUUGACUGGGAAAGUUUUGGCGUUUUGGAUAGGCAGUCGCUUAUACGAGGUUGUCGCACAGGGAGGUUCGACUUUAUGCACAAAAACACACACACACACACAUCCUGGCCAGAGAUCGAGGGCGCCUUAUUUCUCGAAUUUUUUGACUUAGUACGAAAAGGAACCAUUUUUUGCUAUCUUAAAAAGCAACCACUUUUCGAGGGAGUCAUUGUUUAACUAGCUUUCAUUUUCUAAUUAACAGAUAUGGAAAGAGUCUUAGCUAGACAGAAUGAAAGGCCACUUGUUUUAAAUAAAGCUGAACUCACUGUCAGAAUCUUUAACGAUUUACUGGAGAAUGACGAUGACGUUGCAAUUGACGUUUUGGGUGACAAGCAAAAGGAGGCGGAGGACAGCCAUAGCACAUCAGCGAGGCAGCGGUUUGAGGUUAAAGCACAGGAGCUUCACAUAGCUGUGGACCCGGAUGUGAUGGAAUACGUCACAACCACAUUACUCCAUGACCAACUUAAAAUGGCGUUGGCUACGAAGACGUGUGAAAUUAAUUGGAAGCUAAACAACAAAACAGCCGUUCUAUUUUACCGCGGACAAGAUAAAAGUGAUUUGUGGCAGUCUGAAUGUAUUGAGGAGGUACAAACUUGGCUUGCGAAAUUUACAAAGCAAGAUGUUCAAGUGAACAAGGAUUUCUGGGAAGCCGUGAAAGCUCAGAUAACAGACAUUCGUGCCUGUUUCGGUGUUGAACCUCCGCUGGUUAAAAUUAUCGAUGAUUCUUUCGUGGUAAGAAUUGUUUCCCUGAGUUCAGAUACAGAAGAUUUGAAAAAAAAAUUGAAAGCACAAUUAGAGGACAUAUACCGGAAGGAAACCAGAAAAAUGUAUUUGAAGAAAACGGAAGUAGUUCCUGUAGAACAUUUAACUUUGUUGAAAAAGAUCCGCUUUGUGGAAAAACUUCAAGAAAAAAACAAAGAACUGGAGAUAAAAAUAGACACUGAAGAGGAGGAAAUCUACUUUGAAGGCCCACAACCACAGUUCUUGGAAGCGACUAUGAAAUUCCACAAACAGUAUUCGGGCAUGGUUGAAAAGAAAUUAAGCCUGUCAAAAAACAUUUUGGAAAUUUUGUCUUUAGAUGAAGGGCUAGAGAAAGUCAAAUGUGAAUUAGAGAAAAACAAUGUGGAGGCUGUUUUCGUGAUCGAUAGCGAGGCUCGGAUCAUAGGCACGUCAGCUGCGCAUGCAGACAAGGCUGCCAGUCUUGUAGGUAAGAUGAUUUCGGAAGAAAAAGUCCGAGUGGAUGCCAACAGUCAGCAUCUUUUAAAAACCACAGAGUGGCGCGAAAUAUGUGAGCAACUCAACACCAUCUCAACUGUCCGGGUGUAUCGGAACAACUGGAAUGACACCUACGUAUCCGGGUUCAAAGAAGAUGUGCAUGAAGCAAUAAAAACGCUAACUACGUACCUAGAUGAUAACUGUAUCCGAGAAGAGCAAAUGAAAUGUUCUUCUAAGUUAGUCCGAAAAUAUCUCUCUGAGCUUCGUCAAGAUGACUUGUCUUCAAUUGAAGUUCAACUCAAGGACUUUGAGGUCAAGAUUCAAACAGGAAGAGGAGAUGAUGAAUUUGUCAUUGGGGGAAACAAAGAGGGGAUAAAACGAGCGAAAAGAAAGCUGCAAGCUCUCGCAGAUAGUACCGAAUGUGAGAUUUUCGACGUGAAACAGCCAGGACUUAAGAAACUUUUUGCCAACGGAAACGGCGAGACCCUUGUAGCAACUGUGGCAAAAGAUCACGCAUGUGUUAUCCAGGUCCAGAAACAAUUUGAUGUGCAGACUCCUGUCAAAAAAUCUGAUUCAUCAAACGACGAUUACGAUGAUAGUGAGGAAGAGGAUAUGGCGGCUGCAGCCAGCAGCGCGUUUCCUUCCACUUUUGUCAUGGGAAGUGGGCACAAAAUUUCGUGGAAAUCAGGAAACAUCGUAGCGCAGCAGGUCCGUUCGGUGCCCUAAAUACUAGUAUAAGCUAUAGAUUAUUUCCCUGGGCUGUUUGAAUUAAAAAAGGAUUGAAUUGACCUUGGCUGUAAAAUAAAUAACUUCUCUUCUCAGUAUUGCCACGUCUAAAGCUUUGUUUUGCUGAAAACCUAAAUGGGUUUUCAGAUUGUUGCGAAGGAGUAAUUAGUUAUCCGUAUUUAAGAAUAGCCCCCUCAUCGUACAUUAUUUCAUUCCCUGUCAGUAUAAAACCGACUACUCAUUUAUGAUCCAUCAUAGUCUUCAUAGACUAUAGCAAGCCAUUUAUCAACAUUUUACACGUAACCAUACUACCCGAAAAAAGGAGUGGGUUUUCUUAAAUUAUAAUACUUUAUGUGUGGGGUUUGUCGUUGAAGCCUGGAGUCCUUAGUCUUUUUCACUCGACAAGUAUCUGUAACUUUGCUGUCCUACUCUUUUUUAAGGAUCCAAAAUCCCCAACCUGUCCCGGACUUACUAUGAACCAGGAACGCCUGAUCGCUUACACGGCUCAUCAAUUUUCCAAUAAUGAUAUCCUAUUCUAGUAAGGCUAUCCCAGGCUAAUUUGCAUGAAAUUACAAUUGUUCCCUUCAGAGCGACACAAAUCUAUUUUCCCAAAUAUGGCAGUAACGUUUGUUGUAUUGUUUUUAGCUAAAAUUUCCGUCUGUGUGACGUCCAGUUAUAACUAGCCAUCGCCAAUCGCAACAGAUACAGUCGACUCCCGCGAAUUCGAACCUUCAAGGGGAAUAGAAAAAGAUUCGAGUUAUCGGGAGUUCGAGUUAUCGAGGGUAAAAUUAUAUAGAAGAUGAUCUGAAGGGAAAUGAAAAUUGCUUCGAGUUAGCUGCAAGUUCGAGUUAUAGAGGGUUCGAGUUACCGGGAGUGGACUGUAGAAGCAAUCCAGUGUACCUAAUUAAACGUGUAUGCUUACGUCGCUGUUAUUGGUAGUAUGGUACUGCAAGGCUAACCUUAAAUGAUAUCGUGGAGCUUUUUAGCCUUUAUGAACUCUCUUUUUUGUUUGACUUUAAUUGCAGGCUGACAUUCUGGUCAGUUCACAAGGUGCAUGCUCCCAGGCGAUCGUCAAUGUGGGUGGGCAGGCAAUGAGGCAAAACUUGGUAACUCCAAACACUGGUGACAUCGCAGUUACUCCUGGAUAUAACCUGGGCUGUAAUCACGUGAUCCAUACGAACUGUUCCAAGUGGCAUGGUGGAACGGGGGAGCAGGUAAGGGAUAAUUGGAACCCUAACUUAUUCUAAUGAGCAUUAUAAGGCAUCCUAUCCAAAAAGCCACGGAGCUGACACGAAUCAUGAGCCCUCAAUUUUUUCGGUUAAAAACAUGUCAAAGAAAAUUUUGGUCGACACGUAUCACAUUUGACAAUUUCACACCAGCUUGGAACUAGAUUUCCACUAUUUACCACUAGCAAAACGCCAAGGAAACUGGGCCGAGUUAACUUUCGCAAAGACUUCUGUGGGCUGUUAUCAGGGACAGCGAGAAAAUUGGCCUAUAGUUGACAGGUGCAUCCUUACAGUCCCCUUCUCGUUUUUAAAAUGGCGAAUAGAUAGUUGAGAUAAUGUUAAUCAAUCAACUCCUUAAGGGUUUUUUCAGAUUGUUUAUCCGUACAAAACCAAUUAUUGUCAAGCGUGCAGUCAUGGUUCAUGUUUUAUUUAAGGUAUUACGAGGCAUUAUCCAAAUGUGUCUUCAGAAGGCGGAUGAACUCGGAGGAGCAUCAAUAGUCUUUCCAGUCAUAGGCACUGGAAAGCUCCACUUUCCUCAAGACAUAGCUUCCAAGAUCAUGUUGGAAGAAACCAUCAACUUUUGUCAAAAUAAUCCGUCAUCUGUGGUAAAAGAUAUUCGAUUUGCCGUGUUUCAGCAAGAUCAGGCUUUAACCGCUGCAUUUGCGCAAGAGUUUGAUAAAUUGCAAUCCAAGUACAGAAUUCGUCCCGGAUACACUAUGGGUGGUUUUUUAAGGAAUCUACGGUCCAAAUUAGGAAGAGUCCAUCAGAACCCAGCAAGGCCAGCAGUCGGUGUUAGUGUGGAAGUUUUGCAGGGAAAUUUGUGCCAGGAGGCAACAGAUGUCAUUGUUAACCUCAACAGCAAAGAUAUGAAUAUGGAUAGCGCCGGAGCAUUGAGCAAGGCGGUGAAACAGGCGGCUGGUCAAGUUGUUCAAGACGAGUGCUAUCAACUGGGACAUCAAACAGGUGGAUCAGUGGUAGUUACCAGGGGUGGAAAUCUUACAGCCCGUAAUAUCAUCCACUUGAUACCAGAUACUGCCGACAAAAAUCACUUGCAACAAUGCGUGGAAAAGUGUCUUGGUGUGGCAGAGACUCGUGGUUUUCAGUCCAUCUCAUUUCCAGCGGUAGGAACGGGAUCUUUUCACAUGUCAGCGGCUGAUUCAGCCAGCCUAAUAUUUCAAGCUCUCAGUAAUUUUAGUGCUCGUUUCAACGUCAUCAAAAAAGUUAGAAUCGUGGUGUUCCAAGCUCCUAUGCUUCAGGCAUUCCAACGAGAACAGCAGCGUCAUCCGCUGUAUUCUAAUCAGGGCCAUGUCUUUAAACCUAUGGCCAGGCAGGGCCUAGCCUAUCCACGGGCUAGUAGGCAGAGAGGCUUGAAUAUUAAAGUAGUAAGUGGUGAUUUAACAAAAGAGAACACAGACGCCAUUAUGAACAUUAACAGCACUGACAUGAACAUGAGCAACGCUGGUGAUCUAAGCAAAGCUAUCUUAGCAGCUGGUGGUAUGCAGAUCCAACAAGAAUGCAGUCAAUAUAGCAAUCAACCUGCUGGGACAGCGGUGAUGACUGGUAGUGGAAAUUUAGCAGUACGCCAUAUAAUCCAUAUUAUUCCAGGUAUUGGCUGACUUUUAUUUAUUUGAUGUUGUUACGCAGGAAAUUUGACCUCCAAUAGACCAUGCAACGUAUUGUCGACCCUUAAAAAUGAUAAAAUCUACAAACGAAAAAGACGAUUACGGAAUUUUUCUAAUUAACCACUGUCACAUUACCCAAAUACUCCUCAAUGCGAAAGUGGCGAAUUAUCGCGUAGCGAUAUUCUCUCAGACUCCUCACGGUGAAUGUAACCGUUACAAAAGAAGUUGCCUGUGGAGGAGGCUAUUGUCAGGGAUAGUAGGGGGAUCGAAAUACUCGAGUGCGCUUGAAAAUUUGGCUCCACGAGAAAGUUGACACAGUAGGGGAAGACAGGACUGAUAGAAACCGUUGAGCUACUUGUAAUCUUGUUUACUCCUAUCGCCAAUUGUAGUCCAACGAUGAAACAUUCCAAACCUUCAGUUUUCUUGCCGCUCUUGAAUGUAAAAUUCAACAAUAUUGUAUCACAUUUUUUGUUCAUUAUUAAAUGUCAAACUUAUUUUCAUUUUUGUCUUGCAGCCUCCCAAGAUAAACAGCAUCUUCAGACAAGUUUGGAAGCUGGCCUUCGUCUAGCAGAUCAAAACAACCUUCAAACAAUAUCAAUUCCAUGUGUAGGCACUGGUGGAUUUGGUCUGACGGCAGCGGACUCGGCUCAGGUAACAUUCCAAGCUCUCAGCUCCUUAAGAGGAAGUUGUCAAAACCUUCGCAACGUGCGUGUCGUUGUCUUUCAAGCUCAAAUGGUUCAGGAAUUUUUGUUGGCGCAACAGAGACAGGCAAUGCAGGAUAUGGAUGAACAAGAGAGUGACUCCACUGCAGAUGAUGAAGUUGCUGAAAGGCCCAGAAUUGCUAGGCAAAGAAAAAAUACCGCAACUAAUUCGAGUUCAACAAGUGACCAUUCUGUGAAAAUCUUAGUGGUUGGGAAGGAUAGAGGAAGUGUCGGUAAAGCAGUAGGCGCUUUGAAGAAACGUUUCUCUGAAGCUUGCACUACUCAAAAAGUCGAAAAUGAAACCGUCAGCAAACUGUCACCAAAGCAAAUUAACAAUCUUAGAAGGAAAGCCAAAGAACUUGACGUCAAACUCGAAAUUGAGGUUGAUGUUGAUCGCAUUGUGGUGAAGGGUGGCCCAGUUGAAGUGCCUGGCAUGGUCGGGCAGAUUUGGCAGGAGAUUAACGAGAGAAAUAAGAAGAUACAGGAGGAGGAGCAAGCAAUGAUGGUUUCAAAGAGCGUAGAAUGGAGUUAUGAAAUACAAGGCGGGAAAAUGGUGUUUAGCCCGAAGGCAAACGGAAAGCUUGAGAUGGCACACAUCAAAGAACAGCNCGCAACGUGCGUGUCGUUGUCUUUCAAGCUCAAAUGGUUCAGGAAUUUUUGUUGGCGCAACAGAGACAGGCAAUGCAGGAUAUGGAUGAACAAGAGAGUGACUCCACUGCAGAUGAUGAAGUUGCUGAAAGGCCCAGAAUUGCUAGGCAAAGAAAAAAUACCGCAACUAAUUCGAGUUCAACAAGUGACCAUUCUGUGAAAAUCUUAGUGGUUGGGAAGGAUAGAGGAAGUGUCGGUAAAGCAGUAGGCGCUUUGAAGAAACGUUUCUCUGAAGCUUGCACUACUCAAAAAGUCGAAAAUGAAACCGUCAGCAAACUGUCACCAAAGCAAAUUAACAAUCUUAGAAGGAAAGCCAAAGAACUUGACGUCAAACUCGAAAUUGAGGUUGAUGUUGAUCGCAUUGUGGUGAAGGGUGGCCCAGUUGAAGUGCCUGGCAUGGUCGGGCAGAUUUGGCAGGAGAUUAACGAGAGAAAUAAGAAGAUACAGGAGGAGGAGCAAGCAAUGAUGGUUUCAAAGAGCGUAGAAUGGAGUUAUGAAAUACAAGGCGGGAAAAUGGUGUUUAGCCCGAAGGCAAACGGAAAGCUUGAGAUGGCACACAUCAAAGAACAGCCAACAGUACAAAUAUCCCUGCUAGGUGAUAAAUUUGACAUUAAUUUGAAAAAUAAAACGGGCCGCGGACAGCAGAAUGGUAAAACAAUUACACUAAUCAGAAAGGUCAAGGGAGCUGAAGAAGGUUAGCACAUUCAAACACGGGAACUUAUUAAAUAAGCUAUACAAUACACUGCUUAAGUAGGGAACUGAUACAAUCAUUUCUGUAUUUGAUGCCCGACAUUAGAAAAUUCACCAAAGUUAAUAGGACGAAGAUACCAGAUCGCGCCUAAUCUUUUAACGGAUAUCUGCGAAACACAGGGUGGCAUCUGGUUAGGAGGAAGCCACUUACCAAAUCUUUGAAAGGCCUUAUUUGCCCAUGAACAGAGGUUAAUCCUUACAGCAUAGAAUGAAUUGAAGCGAGACCGUUUUCCACUGCAGAGAUCUGGGGCCGGUGGCUGAUAUUUUCCUUCAACGCUUCUCAAUGUCAGCCAAAACCCCCACUGACUUCCCUGAUUUUCACGGAAGUCUAUCACGGGGUAUCCAGGUGAACUCCCAUGGGCCUCAACCGUUAUCCUUUUGGCUAUCUAAAUGUAAAAUCAAGAGUUCUAGUAGUAUUUUUUUUAUAAUACCACUGGGAAUUAUAAUAAAUAAAACAGACAAGGUGGCGUAUUCCUACAGUGAAAUUUCCAUCUCAUAGUAUCCUUAGAUUCUCUUCGAAGUACGGCCAAUUGAAAACUCCCUAAACCAGUAAUGUUACUUUCCCAAAGCAAAAUAAAAUUAAAAACACUGAUUCUUUGUCCUUAAGGAACUUCUUUUCCGAGCACGUGGGCUCCAAUGCCACGCCCUGAUAUGGAGGUACAUACUGUGACUCUCGCACCGGUCUCCUCUGAGUAUCAAAGUGUCCUGAGCAAAUUUCAAGCAACCGCUAGGGGAAUGCAUAUCCAGAAAAUUGAGCGAAUUCAAAAUCCUCAUCUUUACAAGCAGUACAUGGUACGAAAGCAGAAGAUGGAUAAAGACAAUGGAGGAAACAAUGAACGACAGCUGUUUCAUGGAACCGACGCUAGAAAUAUAAGUGCUAUAAACACACAGGGAUUCAACAGGAGCUUUUGUGGGGCACAUGGUAAGUUACAACCGCUGAAAAGCAUUGUGUACUCGUAUAUUAUUAUAUUCUUAUGAGUGAGACUAAGUAUAGCAGUACCACUGUAUGUUUACAUACACAUGCACUAUUCAGAACUGGCUCGACGGGUACAAUUAUAGGCACUUUUAAAGUACCCUUAAACGAUAUGAUUUAAGACAUGUAUUCCCAAGAAGAGAUAUGCUAGUUAUGUACUCUACAACUUGAAGUAGCAUUUUGAGUGUUUGUAGGAAACUUAGUUGUUGUAGACGUCGUCAUAACACAAUCGAAUUAGACACUUACAAGUAGGGGUUUAAUUAGUGACUGUUCGAACAAAGGAAUCCCGUGAUUACUACAACUAUCUCAUUAAUUGCUCUUUUGUUUGUUUGUUUUUUUUUCUAGGAACUAAAUAUGGACGCGGUGUGUAUUUUGCCAGAGAUGCUUCUUACUCAGCUGGAUAUGCAGGAAGUGGGAUUGGGGGCCGCUUUAUGUACCUUUCCCGGGUCCUGGUUGGGAAAUAUUGUGCAGGCAACUCUAGUAUGAUCGUUCCACCACCAAAGGACCGUUACAGACCAGAGAUUUUGUACGAGUCAGUGGUUGAUAACCCAGCAAAUCCGUCCAUCUUCGUUGUUUUCUACGAUACUCAAUGUUAUCCUGAAUAUCUCAUAACCUUUUAAUCGUUUUGCUUUACUUCAGCAGAUAAAAACGAACUUAAAGAUAAUCUAGAGUGUAUAGCUCUUUCUUUAUUUACUUAAGAAAUCACUGUUUAUAGAAUUUAAUCAAAUGCAAUUUUAAUGACAACAGCAAGGUUGUAAGAAGAAGUUCAGUGUUAGCCAUCUCUAAAGCCAUGUAGAUAUGCGGUAAGAGUGUAGUUUUAGCGAUUUUCAUCGUCAAAGAAAACUGGUUCAUGCUUAGGCUUAGGGGCUUAGGGUGUGUAUAUGGAAUCAGAAACUCAUAAGGGGUUGAAACAUGUAACUCUCAUAUGUUUGCUUUGUCCAAUGCUCGUGAUUGUUCAUUUUCGAAAGUACCAUAUUUGGAACGAGAAGAAGAGAUAACUGACCAAUCAAACUUCGUAAACGUGACGUAAUUUUCCUUCAGGUUCCCGCGCCCGCUUAAAAAAAUGGCCGACAAACGAGGGAAAAACUCCCGUAAGCCGAGAAAGCUUUCAAAGGUUGAAAUCAGGAAUAUUACCGAAACACUGAGCAGUAUAUUAUUGCCUCACCACCUGGGCCAAACGUAACAUUAUGAAACCCAUUGACGGCCUCGCAACUUCUUGAAGUUCUCACUUCAAAAAACGAUGCCUCCUUGACCCUCUGCACAUGCAGUAAACUUAUACUGCAAAUAGGCUUUUAAAAUUUUUAUGUUAAAAGUCUAGAAUAAACAGUGAAAAAUAUUUUCGAAUAAAAUUCAUUAGCUGCGUAUCGAAAAUGUCCAAAACCUGAACCUGAAAUCUUCGCAAAAAGUGAUGCUUGUAAUGAAUGUGAGAAGCAUCUUAAAUUAAACUUAGAUGUAGUAGUCGCGAUCGUGUUUUGAGCUAAUUUUAUGACUGAACAAACUCAAAACAAUAGACAGAGAAGCCGUUUCUUGAAAAUCUUUAUUCAAAGUCCAAAAAGUUAAUCCUUUAAAGCAAUUCGGAAAACACUAUCUGGAUCGUGGAUCUGUUCACGCAAGUGACAUCGGCUAAGCACAUGGCAAAAUUCAACACCAAAUCCAUCUCAAAUCAGAGCACAUUUUGUAAUUUUUCUUUAGCGCCGAAGAGAAAAAUUUAUAAAACGUCUAUGAAACAUUUAAAAAUACAUAAAUUCCCUUUCAAAAACGUAAUUGUCUUGGCCAUAGAGUGCAAAAUGUACCUGAAAAUUCAGCAAAAACUUCGCUGACUUGGUUGCAUUUCAAAACAGACCAUGGGCUCCGCCGUGAAGAAAACAAGGUUGAAUUCCUCGAAGGACAAUUUCUUGAUGAAAAGCUUCCCUUUCUCCACAAAAAGAAAGCUGAGCAUUCUUUUGAACUUUCUCUUUCCAUUUUUUGUCUUUUAACGGUGUAUUUUUAACCUUGAAAUGCAGAACUCUUGUCUUAAAACAUCUGCAUGGUGAUAGCGCAGCAGCCAUUUUGCUGAAAAUGGAUAUCCAUCACUAAGAUUUCCAAAUAUGGUCAAAAUGAAUAUUCACAAGCAUUGAACGCGAGUUACACGUUUCAACCCCUUAUGGGUUUCUGAUGGAAUUUAAUAGCUGAUGCACAAAGGAAGUUUGGAAAGCACGAAAGAAGCGUAGGUAUUACGAGUUGCUAAUUGGUUAUUACGCCUCGAGCAAUUGUAACUUCUUGAUUACUCUCCUCUCAACAUGCAGAGUUGCCUACUUAAUCAGGUUCUGAUAUAUAAAUUUCCAAAAUGCGCCGGCUCAGUCUGAGCUAGUUCGUUUAACCACUUUUGUUCUUCGUUCAUGUUUGACUGCAAAGAUGGUUUAAUCUUUAAAAUGUCAGAAAGUUCUACACUGUUUUCUUUUUUAUCGAAAUACUUUGUGGAAAUCAAGCGACACAAAUCCAGGUUAUAUUAGACACAACUGAGUAUGUUAUCUCAUGAUAUAGUCAUACGGCCGUGCGUCUAUUGUAGUUCUAGAUCAGAAUUAUUGUGGUUCAAUACAGACUUACUUGCCCUAUGUAUUACAUGUAUUUUUAGUACAGGGGCUAGCGGGGCUAAAGGCAG